GUUGCAAAAAGAAAGGCCUCAAAAUUCCUGUCUUUUCAGACAUUUUGUUGCAAAAAGAAAGGCCUCAAAACUCCUGUCUUUUCAGACAUUUUGUUGCAAAAAGAAAGGCCUCAAAAUUCCUGUCUUUUCAGACAUUUUGUUGCAAAAAGAAAGGCCUCUAAACUCCUGUCUUUUCAGACAUUUUGUUGCAAAAAGAAAGGCCUCUAAACUCCUGUCUUUUCAGACAUUUUGUUGCAAAAAGAAAGGCCUCAAAAUUCCUGUCUUUUCAGACAUUUUGUUGCAAAAAGAAAGGCCUGAAAAUUCCUGUCUUUUCAGACAUUUUGUUGCAAAAAGAAAGGCCUCUAAACUCCUGUCUUUUCAGACAUUUUGUUGCAAAAAGAAAGGCCUCAAAAUUCCUGUCUUUUCAGACAUUUUGUUGCAAAAAGGGACGUCCUGAAGCCCCCUUUCCAGCGCAGUGUUUGGCCGCAGUGCUGCCUGGCCUCCGCGCGGGGCCGUUGUGUGUGUGAAGCCUUAGCCAUUGCGAUGACCUUUGUCUGUUGUCUGUGCUGUGGCACCUUUAUUGCCGUUGAUAUGCUCGUGUUUAUUUUUUUUUUAUUAUUAUAUCUUUAUGUCUUUAUUUGAUUUGUUUGUUUAUUGAUGUUUGUUAAUUUUGUUUAUUUAUUGCGCUUGUUGAUUUGUAUUUUGUUUUUCUUUUUAUCGAUUAAUUGCCUUCGUUCCCGUCCCUCAGGAAGGCGUGGGCCGCGAGGAGUACCUGGGCGGGGGGGCGUCCUCCAGCCCCUCGGACUCCUCCUCCCCGCCCACGCCCGGCACGCCCACGCCCGCCGCCGCAGGGGCCUCCGGAGGACCUGCGGGCGUCGCCUCGUCCUCGUCGGCGCCCUCGUCCGCCGCCGCCGCCGCCGCCGCCGCCGCGAUGGUCACCCAGGCGCUUCCCGUGCAGCUCCCGCCCGGCCUCGUGCUCGCGCCCUCCGUGCCAGGCCUAAAAACCGUGACUGUUACAACUUCACAACACCAACAACAGCAGCAGAAUGUGCAACAGCAACAGCAGCAUCACCAACAGCAACAACAACAACAACAACAGCAACAGCAGCGCACCACAAGAACUACAACUGUUCAAGCAGGAGGCAGCAUGGUGGUGGGCGGGACGGGCGGCUCGGUGAUGUACGCGGCUGGCGGGGGCGUGGUGUACGCGACGCCCCACGGGUCGCUGCAGGAGGGUGGUGCCCCUGUGCUGCUCAACCUGCCCCAUGGCCUGCAGGUCACGCAUGACCAGAACGUCAGCGCCACCGGCCAGCUCGUCACGCUCCCGAUGGCUCUGACUUCAGCAGCACUGCAGCAGUCGGCAGCAGCAGUUGUCUCAGCAGCCUCAGCAGCAGCAGCAGCCGCGGCGGUGAACAGCAGGAGCAGUAACAAUAGCAGCGGCAGCAGUAGCAGCAGCAGCAAUAGCCAGGCCCUCCCGACGGACCUCUCGAUGCACAUCAAGCGGGAGAAGAGGCCGUAAGAGCCCCGUCGGGAAGCUCAAACCUGUGUGCCUUCAAGAGCGAUUCUCACCCCCCCUCGGGCGGCGGGGGAGAGGCCCUCCACCCCCUCCUCGCCCGCCCGCCCCCGCUUCUCUUCUCCCCUCGGGCGCGGGAGCUCCCGCCCGAGAGUUUUGUGGCAGUCCCUCUCUUGGCCUAUUUCAAACGGGUUUUGAAAUAGGGAAGUUAUUAGUUAUCCGUACAUCUUAGGUGUAUAGUAGUAUCAUGUGUGAUUUUUUGAAAAUCAUUUGACCUAAAUCAAAUUAUGGAUUAUUAAAGACUGAUACGUACA